ACGGUGGGCAAAAAGGAGGUGACCCUGAAUCUUUACGAUACCGCAGGGCAGGAGGACUAUGAUCGGCUACGACCGCUUUCUUACCAGAGCACAAACGUCGUGUUAAUUUGUUACGAUGUCAUGAACCCCACCAGCUAUGAUAAUGUAGCAGCUAAGUGGUAUCCUGAAGUGAAUCACUUCUGCCGAGGCGUCCCGCUCGUGCUGAUCGGCUGCAAGACAGACCUCAGGAAAGACAAGGAGCAGCUGCGCAAGCUCAAGGCUUCCAAGCAGGAACCCAUUACUUACAGCCAGGGUGAAGCAGCGUGUCAGCAGAUUAACGCAGAGGUUUAUCUGGAGUGCUCAGCAAAAUGUCGUGAGAACAUAGAGAAAGUUUUUAAAGAAGCUACAACCAUUGCGUUGAAUGCCAUGAGGAAAGCCAAGCGCCAGAAGAAGCGGAGAGUGUGCUCAGUGCUAUGA